AUGAGGUACUCGCCGUUAGUAGCCGUGGUCGUGACGGUCUUCUCGGCCGAAGCGACAGUCUUGGCGGGAUUGGAUUCGGUGGAUUUGGAGGUGAACGGAACGGCCAGUGCAGCAGCGCCACUGAACGACGUGUGGAAGGGCACGGAACGGGAGAAGGUGUUGUCGAGAAGGAAACGCUUCGUGGUGUUUCCGGAGGGGUCAAGUAUUUCGGUUGCGGUCUGCAUGACGAUCGGUAUAUACGGUAACCCGAACUAUCAGAUGGUGAGUUGGGCCCUGAACUGGGGCAUCGCGUACAACUUGCCCAACCAGACGAUUAGCUUCGUGCAGGAAAUGGCCGAGCCGAAGCCGAUGGUCCAGCGACGAAAUCGUCGCGAUCUCUACCAGAAGCUGGAGGUGAUCAUGAACAAUAUGGGCUACGAUGGCCGGGAUUGCAUUCUGAGGGCGCUGUGCGAGAGCUCGCAGUACUUCGGGCGAAAGGGCAAUAAUAUGAUUGCCGAAAUGCUGCGCACCCUGUUCAGCUACCCGAAGUCGAAGGUGCUUUCCCACGAGCACAGUGACCAUAAGCUGUACGACGAGGCACACCAGACGUUGCACCGUCGCCCGAUGCCGCAUCUGCUGUUGCUGCAGGAUCUUCACAAGCAUGCCUACAAGAAUCUAGCCGUGGUCGUGACGGUCUUCUCGGCCGAAGCGACAGUCUUGGCGGGAUUGGAUUCGGUGGAUUUGGAGGUGAACGGAACGGCCAGUGCAGCAGCGCCACUGAACGACGUGUGGAAGGGCACGGAACGGGAGAAGGUGUUGUCGAGAAGGAAACGCUUCGUGGUGUUUCCGGAGGGGUCAAGUAUUUCGGUUGCGGUCUGCAUGACGAUCGGUAUAUACGGUAACCCGAACUAUCAGAUGGUGAGUUGGGCCCUGAACUGGGGCAUCGCGUACAACUUGCCCAACCAGACGAUUAGCUUCGUGCAGGAAAUGGCCGAGCCGAAGCCGAUGGUUCAGCGACGAAAUCGUCGCGAUCUCUACCAGAAGCUGGAGGUGAUCAUGAACAAUAUGGGCUACGAUGGUCGGGAUUGCAUUCUGAGGGCGCUGUGCGAGAGCUCGCAGUACUUCGGGCGAAAGGGCAAUAAUAUGAUUGCCGAAAUGCUGCGCACCCUGUUCAGCUACCCGAAGUCGAAGGUGCUUUCCCACGAGCACAGUGACCAUAAGCUGUACGACGAGGCACACCGUAAGGGUAAAAACAUGGGCGCCUGUCAGUCUCUGUACGCCAACUGUCGGUUUUCGUUGCUUGAGCUCGCCCUCGGAAAGUAUUCGACACCGUACGGGUUUAUGUGA